GAUGAGGAGGAAACCCAAUAGGUCCACAUUUAGAGUGCAAGUCUUCAUGAAUUAGCAGAGCAGAAACGCUCUGUUCGGUUCCACGACCACUUUAUCUCCACCGUUCUAGUGGAUUUGCACAAAAUCCGGAUUAAGUAACGCGCUGCUCCUUUAAGAAGAUCCAACGGGAUUAAAGUUACGCGCAACGAGCUAAAUUGGCGUCCGGUUGCUUUUACGCACACUUUGUAUCUACGGGAGACACUUGUCGCUCGGUACUGACUUGGUACCGCCUCAGCCCAGAACGCAAAGAGUCAUGGCCGAGACUGGGAACAGUGGGAAGGGGGUCACCGCUGGGAAACUGGCUAGCACGGUCCAGAAGAGGUUGAGCAGAGCGCAAGAGAAGGUUUUACAGAAACUCGGCAAAGCGGAUGAGACUAGAGAUGUCGUGUUUGAGGAAAUGGUGGCCAACUUCAACAAGCAGAUGGGAGAAGGCAUCAAGCUGCAGAAGGAUCUGAAAGCAUACAUGACCGCAGUGAAGACUUUGCACGAGGCGUCGCGAAGGCUGCAGGACUGCCUGGCCGACACGUACGACCCCGAGUGGUUCGGCAAAGAGGAGAUGGACGCCAUGGUGGAGGACACAGACACUCUGUGGUUGGACUUUCAUCAGAACAUCACAGACAACUCAAUGCUCUCCGUUGAUUCAUACCUGGCUCAGUUCGCUGAUAUCAAGGCUCGCAUUGCAAAGCGAGACCGCAAGAUGGUGGACUUUGACAGCGCUAGGCACCACUUUGCGUCCUUACAGAAAGGCAAGAAAAAGGAUGAGGCCAAAAUCGCCAAGGCCGAGGAAGAGCUGGGUCGCUCGCAAAAGAUUUUCGAAGAGCUCAACGUGGAAUUACAAGACCAGCUUCCAGUGCUGUGGGACAGCCGUGUUGGCGUCUAUGUUAACACAUUCCAGAAUCUGGCGAAUCAUCAAGAAAAGUUCCACAAAGAGAUGAGCAAGCUGAGUCAAAACCUGAAUGACAUCAUGACCAAACUUGAAGAGCAGAGGCAGCUCAAAAAUGAUGGUGCAGCUGGCGACCAGGCAAAGAGCGACGAAGCCAACCACAACGAGGGGGCCAGCUCGCCACCGACGAGGCCCAGCCGGCCGCCCGGCCGGCCUCAGCAGCAUGAUGAGCCGCUUGACGUCAACACGUCUGACAUUAACACGGAGUCCACAACAACACAGUGUGAGCCCUCCGCAUGGGUCAACCUGCUGGAUUGGGAUGUUAUACAGCCUGUCACAUGUCCAGUUCUCCAGGCGCCAUCUUGGGACUCGUGGCAUGAACAGGCUGUUGCUAAGGACGAAGCGGAGCCCCAAGAGCAGGUUGAGGCUGGAUGGGACUUUAAUGACGGAGGCUCCCAGUGUGACACGCAGCCCCUCCGGGGGGCCGAGUUGUCCGCUGAGCCCGCUAGGUCCUAUGAUGGCGGCGCCGUAGGUCAGGGGGGCUGGGCCCAUGAUGAACAAGUACAGGUUUGUGAAUCCAACAGCUCAGACUACAAGCUCCCUCCUGACUUCCUGUACAAGGUCAAAGUCAUCCACGAAUAUGCUGCCACUGACGGGGACGAGCUGGAGCUCAACGUGGGAGACAUCGUGCUGGUCGUAGCUUUCGACAACCCGGACGAGCAAGACGACGGCUGGCUCAUGGGCGUGCAGGAAUCGCUCUGGAUUCAAAAGCAAGAUAUUUCAACCAAAGGUGUCUUCCCUGAGAAUUUCACGCAGAAGCUUUGAAAUUCAAGCCCCCUUCCUCCUUUGCUCUCUAUUUGGAAUUAAAAACAUCAAUUAUGAAAAUUUGUGAGUCUGAAAAUGGGGUCGGAAGAACUCGAUCAAGAUUAAAGCCAACUGAACGCAUCUGAUAUGAAAGUCUUGAAACACGGAAGUUCCUAUUCUUUGUAUUUUAUCAUUUGUGUUGAAUUCAAAGAUAAAUAUUGGUAACAAGACGGCAAGUCAUUGGGUGUGUCCGUGAACGUCGCAGAAAAAUUAAAGCUCGUACGGAGGCCGCUUGUGGAUUUCACUGAAUAAUCGAAAAAAGAAAAUCUUCAACUUUUGAUAUUCCCUCUUUGGUUUGAUGUCAGUGUUGCCGCUUUCAUGUAUUAUCUUUUCGUUUUUGAAGGACACAUACGUUUUUGGCCAAUGUUCAGUCAGGUGGAAAACCUCCAUUAGUCCGAUUAUCAUUAAAGAUUGAUGAAGCCUG